AGGAGGAGGAGCAGGAGGAGCAGCCGCCGGGUGUCCAGCAGGAGCAACAGCCGCCGCCGCCGCCGCCGCCACGAUGGAACAGCUAUCGGAUGAAGAACUUGAUCAUGGCGCGGAAGAAGAUAGCGAUAAAGAAGAUCAGGACCUGGACAAGAUGUUUGGGGCUUGGCUUGGGGAGUUAGACAAACUCACACAGAGUCUGGAUACAGAUAAGCCCUUGGAGCCAGUGAAAAGAUCCCCUCUUCGCCAGGAGACUAAUAUUGCCAACUUCUCCUAUCGCUUUUCAAUGUACAAUUUAAAUGAAGCCUUGAAUCAGGGAGAAACCGUGGAUCUUGAUGCGCUCAUGGCAGACCUUUGUUCCAUAGAGCAGGAGCUCAGCAGCAUCGGGUCACAGUCUGCAAACAGUAUGUCAAUGAAACGCUUUGCCACAGAAGGAAAAAUGGCUCAGAAACCAUCUGGUGGUGGACGACUUGCUGCUAAACACAGUAGUAUGAAAGGAUUGUCCUCUUCGUCAUCUAGCCGGGUGACAAAGCCUUCACAUGCUAUCUUCUCCCUGGAUGACAUUACGGCACAAUUAGAGAAGGCGUCUCUGAGUAUGGAUGAAGCAGCUCAGCAACCUAUAAUGGAAGAUAGCAAGCCUAUAGUUGCUACCCAGCAUAGGAGGACAGCCUCAGCAGGUACUGUGAGUGAUGCUGAAGUCCGUUCUAUCAGCAAUUCCUCCCGUUCGAGCAUCACAUCUGCAGCCUCCAGUAUGGACUCCCUGGACAUUGAUAAGGUGACAAGACCUCAAGAACUAGAUUUGACUCAACAAGGACAGCCAGUUAGUGAGCAUAUUGUUUCUGUGGAACAUUCCAGCAAGCAAGCCAGACGUCGCAUUGACUUUUCUGAAGAAGAGGCUGAAUUGGCACCUCAUUCCUAUUUGGACAGGGAAACCUCCCUUCUUCUGAGAAACAUUGCAGGAAAGCCUUCUCAUUUGCUGACCAAGGAGGAACAGGCUGCUAAGCUAAAGGCUGAAAAGAUCAGGGUUGCUUUAGAGAAGAUUAAAGAAGCACAAGUUAAAAAGCUUGUAAUUAGAGUCCACAUGUCAGAUGACAGCUCCAAAACAAUGAUGGUAGAUGAACGACAGACAGUAAGACAAGUGCUGGACAAUUUGAUGGACAAGUCUCACUGUGGUUUUAGCUUAGACUGGUCUUUGGUAGAAACCAUCUCAGAAUUACAAAUGGAGAGAAUCUUUGAAGACCAUGAAAACUUGGUAGAAAACCUCCUCAACUGGACAAGAGACAGUCAAAAUAAACUUAUGUUUGUAGAACGUAUAGAAAAAUAUGCACUUUUCAAAAAUCCCCAGAAUUAUCUUCUAGGGAAAAGAGAAACCUCUGAAAUGGCAGACAGGAACAAAGAAGUACUACUGGAGGAGUGUUUUUGCGGAAGCUCGGUAACGGUGCCAGAAAUUGAGGGUGUAUUGUGGCUGAAGGAUGAUGGCAAAAAAUCUUGGAAGAAGCGAUACUUCCUUCUGCGUGCUUCUGGAAUCUACUAUGUUCCCAAAGGAAAGGCGAAGGUCUCUCGGGACCUUGUAUGCUUUCUUCAGCUGGACCAUGUAAAUGUUUACUACGGCCAAGACUAUCGGAAUAAGUAUAAAGCCCCUACAGACUAUUGUUUGGUACUUAAACAUCCUCAGAUUCAGAAGAAAUCGCAGUAUAUUAAAUAUUUGUGUUGUGAUGAUAUCAGAACCCUACAUCAGUGGGUAAAUGGCCUCCGCAUUGCUAAGUAUGGGAAACAAUUGUACGUAAACUAUCAAGAAGCCCUGAAAAGGACAGAAUCGGCAUAUGACUGGACAUCCCUCUCUAGUUCUAGUAUCAAGUCUGGAUCCAGUUCAUCUAGUUUGCCAGAAUCUCAAUCCAAUCAUUCUAAUCAAUCUGAUAGCGGAGUUUCAGAUACCCAAACAGGACAUGUCCGUUCUCAAAGUAUUGUUAGCUCCAUCUUCUCAGAGGCCUGGAAACGGGGUACCCAACUGGAAGAGUCCAGCAAAAUUAGUGCUCGAAUGGACUCAAUAAGUCGACCCUUUACUUCAGUCCCACCAGCUUUGUCUCCGCAGGCCAAAGCGGCCCCCCUAUAUUCAGCUUCUCAGCCUUCGCCUCCCCUUCCGCCCCCUCCCCCUCCUCCGCCACCCCCUCCUCCACCGCCACCCCCUCCGCCGCCGCCCCUCCCCAGCCAGUCCAUGUCAUCGGGAGGCGGCUCAGCCACCGUGUUUGUGAAGUACAGCACGAUAACAAGGCUGCAGAACGCCUCUCAGCAUGGAGGGCUUCUCUUCAAGCCCCCCCAUAUGAUGCAGCAACCCCCGCCAAUCCUGCCACCGGCAAAACCCCAGAACCCAGUGCCCCCUAAUGGCGUGGUCCCUCCACCGCCGCCACCGCCACCUCCCCCUACCCCCGGCUCAGCUAUGGCGCAGCUCAUGAAGCCCGUGCCCUCCAUCCCAUCAGUGCCGCAGUUCACGCCGCCACCCCCUCCUCCCCCUCCUCUCAAAAUCCACCAGAUUCAUCAGACUAUUCCUCCGCCGCCGGCCGCAGCCCCUGCCACGCCACCGCCUCCCCCGCCUAUGCCUGCGCCGCCGCCUCCCCAAGCCCCUCCUAAACCUGCCAUGACUCUGCCUACACAGAGCAGCUCAAAAGCUGCCUCGCCUGUCGCGGCGCAACCCACGCCGCCUGCCCCUGCCCUGGUUCCUUUAGCCAUGAAGAAGCAGCCGAGUUUCGCGACUUCGCAGGUUCCCCUGUCUCCUGUCCCGCUAGGCCCUCUCCCCCCGCCCACUUUGCCCAAGCAGCAGAGCUACUCUGGCAAACUUCCCCCCUCGCCGCAGUCCCCUGUGCCGUCGGUGGUGAAGCAAAUAGCCAGCCACUUCCCUCCACCUCCCAUGCCGGCUUCAGAGUCUCAGCCUUUAAAGCCUACCCCUCUGAACGUGCCGCCGCAGUCUCCUCCGGCAGUCAAAGCCAAGCCGAAAUGGCAGCCCACCGCCGUCCCAUCUCCCGACUUUCCUCCUCCGCCACCUGAAAGUAGCCUAGCCUUUCCUCCGCCGCCCUCCCCUACUCCGGUGGUGGUGUCUCCUACGCUGGACAAGGCAGGGGGUUCCCCGGUCAAGAAGUCUACUAAGACAUCCAGCCCGGGAGGAAAGAAGCCACCACCGACUCCCCAGCGGAACUCCAGCAUAAAAUCCAACAGUUCAGCGGAGUACCACGAAUCAAAGAGACCGUCGGUGGAUAGCCUGGUCAGCAAAUUUGCACCUCCGCCAGAGCCUUUGGGAUCUCCUGUGAAGGAGACUCCGCUUCCUCCUGCAGCUCCACCAAAGCCAGGAAAGCUCAAUCUGCCUAUCGUACUUCAGCAAGCGGGAAUUUCUGCAAAGGCGCCUGCCACAGGAGCGCCCGGGAAGUGUACCGUGGAAGAGUUUCCUUCCCCUCCGUCAGAUUCAGACUUCCCCCCUCCGCCGCCUGAAAUCGACCUCCCUCUGCCACCCAUAGAGAUUCCAGCCGUGUUUUCGGGCAACACCUCUCCGAAAGUGGCCGUCGUCAACCCUCAGCCCCAGCCCCCGUGGUCCAAGCAGUCGGGGAAGAAAGCUCCUCCUCCCACCCGCCCCAAGCGCAACGACAGCACCCGGCUCACGCAGGCGGAAAUGGCAGAAGCGCAGGCUGCCAUGGCUCCGCAAGUGGCCGUGGCUCCGCAAGUGCCCACCUCGCCCAAGUCUGGCCUUAGCGUUCAGCCCGGGUUCCUGGCCGACCUGAACAGGACUCUGCAGCGCAAGUCCAUCACGCGGCACGGCUCCCUCUCCUCGGCCCGGAUAUCCAGGGCGGAGCCGACGGCCACCAUGGAUGACAUGGCUUUGCCCCCACCACCGCCGGAACUUCUCACGGAGAAGCAGAAGAGCAGCAAUUUUGGAGGCAGCCACAUAUCGGGCUAUGCAACGUUACGGAGAGGUCCGCCGCCGGCGCCUCCCAAGAGGGAUCAAAAUACCAAACUCUCUCGAGACUGGUGAUAGUAAGUGGCUGCCAGUGAACUCUACAAAUGACAUGUCUGAUACACUUGCGAAGCUCCUUGUCUUAAUAGCUGUGUGUGUGUGUGUGUGUGUGUGUGUGUGUGUGUACACACACGUGC